UGUUGGGCGGUGCUCCUUGGACCACACGGCAAGAAGGAGAGCAAAUCCCAUUCUAAGUGGGAUUGCUCUUGAUUUGUUUCCUUGUUCAUAUUUAGUGAUUUGUUUCCUUGUAGGAAUAGAAUUCCUUUUGUGUUUUGGUCUUUAUCCUCUCCUAUAAAUAAAGGAGAAACUCCUUGUACUUAGCAGAACAAUUCAAUAUACAGAAUAUUUUCCCUCUUAUUAUUUUCUUCAGUAGUACAUAUUGUAUUGUGAUUCGAAGAAGAAUAAGAAGAAGGAGAUUCAGCUUCAAAAUUCUUCCAGUAAAUCUUUAGAUUCUGCAAUCUCCCAAAUCCGGUUGCAAAAGAUAUGGAUCACAAUGACACUGGAUGCCACGCCGCCCCUCAUGAAGGCCCAAUUUUGUGUGUCAAAGGCUGCGGUUUCUUUGGAAGCGCAGCAAACAUGAACAUGUGCUCCAAAUGCUACAAGGAUAUGGUGCUGAAACAAGAGCAAGCCAGGCUCGCGGCAUCAUCAAUUGAAAAUCUUGUUAACGGACAACCUCUUGUCGUUGCUAAUAACAAUGCAGAUGCGCUUGUCACUUCAGUUGAAGCAAUGGAAGUUUCCAUCCCCUCCUCCCUUGCUUCGAGCUCUGGUGAGUCCGUUGAAGUCAAGGCAAAGGUGGGUCCCACCCGUUGCGCUGCGUGCAAUAAACGGGUCGGCCUGACCGGGUUCGAAUGCCGCUGCGGGAGCAUUUUUUGUGGGUCCCACCGCUACUCGGAGAAACACGACUGCCUCUUUGACUAUCGCGCUGCUGCCAGGGAUGCGAUAGCAAAGGCGAAUCCCGUCAUCAAGGCUGAAAAGCUGGAUAAGAUCUAGACAUGCUUUUGUUAUGUUUGUCACAGUUGCUCAUGAUGCUUAUUGGCAAGACUCUGUUUAUUGGCAUUUGUUUCCAGGUUCAUAUAUAUUGGCAAUUUGGCAUAUUGUUGUGCACAUAAAUAUGCAUUUUAGUAAAGUCAUUUUGCGUCAAUUAUUUGCAACUUGUUCUAAAAUUUAUUUCAAUAAGUUUGAAACAUGAAGUUUGGUUGGUGGACUUGGUCCUAAUAACUUGAACCCGAAUUG